AUGCAGGACGAGCCGCCUGUCCUCGCAGCUGUGUCCAGCUCCGCCCGCCAGCUGUUCACACUUCUUCGCUGCAUCGCAUUCGCACCCAAAGCACACGUGAUAAUUGGCGAUGAGGGGCUGAAGUUCUCCGUCGACGAGGCAAGCGUCAUGGAGGUUUCCAUGCGCCUCCAAUCCCGCCCUCCUCUGCAGACUCGGACGACGAAGACGCGACCCCCGCCCCUGACCUUUCACAUCUCCCUGACUGCCCUCCUCGAAACCCUCCAGAUAUUCGGCCUCACCGACCCCAACACCUCAAAACCGCCAUGGGCGCGCGACAACCCCUACCCUACGAGCACCGCCUUCUCGAACAACGUCCUCGGCAUGAACAACCUCUGCCGCAUCACAUACGACACCCCCGGUGCGCCACUGUCCAUCAUCCUCACCGAAGCCAGCAUACGCACGUCGUGUGACCUGACGACCUACGAGCCCGAAUACACCGACGAGAUCCCCUUCAACCGCCAGAGCCUAGCCUUCAAGACCAUCAUGCGCGGCAGCUGGCUCUACGACGCCAUCCUAGAGCUCUCCUCCACCUCCCCCGAAAAGCUGACCCUGUACGCCAAAAUGCACCGCGGCAAGCCCUUCUUCGCCCUCUCCUCCACCGGCACCCUCGGCUCCGCCCGCGUCGAAUUCAACAACCAGCCGCCCACCCCCACCUUCCGCACCCCGGCCGACAACGCCCCCGCCCCGCCCGCCUCCCUCCUCGAAACCUUCCAGCUCGCCGACCCGGACACCGUACUCCGCCACACAUACAAGUACAGCCUCGUCGCCAAAGCCGCGCGCGCCAUGAGCGUCGCCACAAAGGUCAGCGUCAGAAUCGAUUCCCAGGGCGUGCUCAGCUUGCAGUUCAUGAUCGAGGUCGAGCCUGCGCCCGGCGCCGGCGCGGGGAAGAUGUCCUUUGUCGAUUUCCGGUUUGUGCCGCUGGUGGAGGGGGACGAGGGGGAGGGGGAGGGCGAUGGGGAGGGCGACACGGUCAUGCUGGGUGCGGAGCAUGAGGCGUUUUAG